UUUCAAUUUGAUAAGAAGUGAACUUAUGUUGAUAAGAUAAUUUUGCUAAUUAAACUACAGGUUAUUGUUAACUGUGAUUACUGUAAUUAUAAAUACCAUUAGUAUAUUGCGAAAAUGUUAUUAAGUAAAUUAAAAUUGAGAUCCUUCAUUGUUAGAGUUGUAAAUUCCCGAAAUCUAGCAACAAAGAUACAACAACUGAACGAAAAUGUGAAUCCUGUUGUAUUUGAGAAACUUACUGGGGUAGAUAAGGGUAUCGCAUUAUGCGGUCUCAACAGCCCUAAAGACAGGAACGCACUCGGAUUUACCCUCAUAGAUGCGAUGCGCGAGGUCAACCAGAUCAUUCGAGAAGAUACCAAACUGUCUGUUGUUAUCUUUCAUAGUAUGGUUCCGGGGAUUUUCUGCGCUGGAGCUAACCUAAAAGAACGCUUAAAAAUGUCCGAUGAAGAGGUAGCCAAAUUCGUUCGAGGGCUUAGAGAAACUUUUAUUGAAAUCGAAGACUUGCCCAUGCCAACCAUAGCUGCUGUGGAAGGAGUGGCUGUUGGUGGAGGGUUGGAAUUAGCCUUGGCAUGUGACAUCAGGAUAGCAGCAGAUACUGCUAAACUAGGUCUUGUCGAGACUGGUAGAGGUCUUAUUCCCGGUGCUGGAGGUACCCAGAGACUACCAAGAACUAUUCAGGUACCAAUUGCUAAAGAGUUGAUAUUUACAUCAAGAAUUGUUAGUGGAAAGGAAGCUAAAGCAUUAGGCAUAGUGAAUCAUGUGGUCGCACAAGACACUGCAAACAAAGCAGCCUUUGAGAAGGCCUUGAGCAUUGCACGAGAAAUCAUCCCGAAUGCCCCCAUAGCCCUCCGUUGUGCAAAACAAGCUAUCAGUGAAGGCAUACAGCUGAGUAUCAAGGAUGGUUAUGAGAUAGAACAGAAAUGCUACGAAAUAAAUAUUCCAACUAAAGACAGACAGGAAGGCAUGAUUUCAUUUAUGGAAAAAAGAAAACCUGUUUAUGAGGGACAUUAGCUAACAUUUUUUUAAAAGAAAUUUAUCAAUACUUAUUCAAACUCUUCAAUUUGUUUACAUGUUGACUAUUGAUACAAUUUUAAAUUGUUUUUAUUUUUUUAUAACUUAAAAAUAUAUAAUUUGUUACUAAAUGUUUAUAAAUAUAACUUUGUUAAUUUUAAAUGAAACUAUUUUCAUAUUAUAGCAUUCACAAAUCUAUCAAUGUGUUAGAUCUACCUAGAAUUUUAACCUAAUAGUGAUAACUACAUUGUCUCAAAGUGAUUUAUUUAUUUACAUUGUACAUAAAAUUUUACUAGAAUUUGUUGGUUAA